AUAGCAUCGGGUUUGAGGAUUUCUUUGAGCCAUGGGUCCUCGUCUUUGCCGCCACGCGAACGUUGCGUCACCAGUGAACACUCUCGAGGAGGUCCGACUUGAGGAGAUCUUCCAGCAGUUCGAGGAGCCACACACCAAUGUGAUGAAGGCCUCUCAUUUGGCCGAUGCCAUGCAGCUGGCUGAUAUGAACCCGGAGUGCUUCAAGGUGGAACAAAUCCUUGAAGGCAUUGGCAACCCACACGACUUCACCUUGCCAGAAUUCAAGCAGAGGAUGAAGGAGGUACAUGAUGCUCUCCGGUUUCUUCAACUCUUUGAUCCCCAGAAGACAGGUGUUCUACCGCGGAGGACCAUUGCCACGAUCCUGCAGCUCUGCCGCAGCAACUUCUCAGAGGAGCGCUUGGAGGAGAUGCUGAAAAAUGUGCCAUGCAAUCGUCAAGGAUUCGUAUACAGCUACAUGGUGCCAUUCCUCCUGCGGCCCGAGGCCGCAUAUGACUUGGAAGACCCAAAGUCUUUGGCCCAGUUCCUCAUUGAUGCCAACAUUCGCCUGGUGAGGGCUCCGUACCUCUACAAGUUGCUACGGUCAGAUCGCUGCAUGCCGCGAUGCCAGGAGGCGGAGCGCGAUUGCUGCGAGGUGAACGGAACGGAAGUCUCAGCCCUGGUAUCCCACCAGGAGGUGGCCGAAUGGGCUUUAGGCCGCAGGCAGGCCAUGAUUAUUUCCGUGUCUCAUGCGUGGGAGACUAGGGAGCACCCUGAUCCGUGCCGCUUUCAGUUGGAGCUUCUGGUGAACUGCGUGGCGCUAUGGGAUGCUGCCUACGUCGACGACAUUUGGAUCUUUUAUGAUUAUGUGUCUUUGUUUCAGUUCCAACGCGACACAGCUGAGCAAGAGACCAGUUUCCGGCGAGCGAUGGGCAACAUGCACAUGUUAUAUGCUCACCAGAGCACCCUGACUUUCCGCCUGGAAAGUCUCACACCUGAUGAGACAUGGACUGCUAGGAAGGAAGACUCCACUUACAAAGUGCCCGUGUACCAUUUGCCCAGUGGGUCGAUCGCCUGGAUUUCACUCAGAGACCUCUGGGAGAACCGUGUGCUCUACCUGAGCCGUGGCUGGUGCAUGGCCGAGAUCGAAUGGUCUGCGGCCCGGAAUAUCCCGGCCCAGAAUCUAGCCAUCGAUGGUGAGCCGGGCAUAAUGACAACUGCGAAGAAGGUGCCCACAGCGCCCGAAGUCUUUGAAGAGAGAAUGGCCACAUCGGCCUUUACACAUCGAAAUGACGCCACCAGCGUGGUUCGGCUUCAAAGGAAGAUCUUUCAUGAAAAGGUCACAUCAAGAAAUCACAUGAAGUUGCAGGACUUGACGCGAGCUGACAUGGUGGAGCUGGCGGCAUCUCUUCCCCACUUUCAGAACCUCAAGGUAUUGCAGAUCCACGGCUUCCGAGCAGGCGAAGGAGAGGCCAAUGCCUUCUGCGAGGCGCUCGGGUCGUUGCAGCUCCAGAAGUUGAGCCUGGCCUUUGCACCGAGGGCCACAGGACUAGCCAUGGCGGAGGCGCUCAACCAUUCCUGCUCAGUGUGGAGGUUCGCUUCGAUGACUGCCCUCGACUUCCGGUACUGCCACAUGGGCGAUCUUGGUGCCAAGGUGAUCGCGGAGGUGCUGAAGGGCAACACCACCAUCACCCACAUCGACCUGACGUCAAAUGGUAUCACUGACAAGGGUGUGCAGGUGUUGGCCCAGGCACUCAAGAACAACAAGACCCUGAGCGCCCUCAACCUUGCUCACAACAAAAUCAGUGAUGUGGCUGUGCAGGUGUUUCGAUUGCCGAAGCCAUUCGGGCGCGAGGCAUUGCAGGACAUAGAAGAAAGGAUCCUGACCAACAGGGCUGCAGAGGCUCUGGACCCUCCACCUGCAAAAAGCAAGGAAGACAAGGGUGAACGUGCAGAUGCAUUUCCCGGACGCCCACGCAUCCAGGCUUUGGCGGAUGCCUUGAAGCUCGGUGGCGACAUGACACAGAUUGAUCUCCAAAGGGAACUCCUUGGGAAUGAGGAAAUCAAGGUGCUGGCCGGGGCACUGCAGCUGAACCGGAAAGUCAGCCGCAUCGACCUUUCGUCCAGCCACCCCAAGAUCACCGACGCUGGUGCGAAGGCCAUCGCCCAGAUGUUGCUGCAGAACAAGACUAUUAUCACAAUCAACCUUGCAGGUAAUGCAAUUGGUCGUUUGGGUGUGGAGGCGCUGGCCGAGGCAGUUGAGCACAAUAACAUCGUUCGUGAGAUCAAUCUUGACCACAAUGGUGAUGUUGAAACUGAGGCCCUGCUGAAGCGGAUCCGAACACGUUGUGAGGAGAAUCAAAGAGCAAUUGCAAGAGUCAUGGUUGAGACACUUUUGGAAGACCUGAAGAGAGACAGCACCAAGAGGAAGAUUGAUCUUUCCCACUACUGCAUCGGGGAUGCUGAAGUCCAGGUUCUUUCGGAAGCACUGGCGGGCAACAAUAGCAUCACCCGUAUCUACCUGCAAGGCAAUCAAAUCACCGAUGUUGGACUGGAGGUUCUUUUGGAAGCACUGGAGGGCAACAAUAGCAUCACCCAUAUCUACCUGCAAGGCAAUCAAAUCACCGAUGUUGGACUGGAGGCGAUCUCGGCAGCGCUGCUGUUCAACCGGAGCAUCACCCACAUCAACCUGUCCAACAAUCAAAUUAAAGAUGCUGGGGCAAAGGCACUGGCGCAGGUGCUGAAGCAGAACCGCAGCAUGACCUACAUCAAUCUGAGCGGGAAUCACAUCGGCAUUGGUGGCAUGGAGGCUAUUGAGGCUCUGGCUGACGCCAUGCAGGAGAACGACACUCUCCUUGAGCUCUGCCUUCACGAGUCAUUUCGCGAAGAGUGCCAGGCAGAAAAGCGCAUCUGGGAACGUUGCUCAGCAAAUCAAGCCGCGCAGGCCAGAGCUCAAAGCAGUUGAAGCACCUCUGGAGCGUGUCAUGUGGACCUGAUGGGGAAUGAUGGGGAUGCCCACCAACACAACAGAUUGACGAGAUGGAUCGAGAUUGUCAUUCCUUUCUUCUGCAAUUCUGUGAAUCUUGGUUUCAAUCUGCAAGCAAUUGGAGGACGCAAGCUACUUGGCUACAAUGUCACUAGCAUUGAUUCCAUGAUUCCUUUGUCUUACCCCUAUUUGGACUUCAACGCGACAAGACUCUGUGUGCUUGGCGCAAACGAUCAUCAUGUGGGAUCUAAGCGGGCUUCCUUUUGUCUAUAGCUACAGAAUUAUCUUCCACCCAACAGUUCAAUAGAACUUCGUGAGGGUUUUGUUUGCUUGACUGGCUGGAGCCUGAGCGGCUGUGAUGCCAUUUGCGCAUCCUGACCUGUACAUAUUACGUAUGAUUAAUCUACAUAUGCAGUUUUCAUCCUGUUCACCCAGCGCGUGAGCAGGCGCGUGA